AUCCUUCUCUUUUCUCAGGGAAAGGGCCACCUGAAUUUGUUGCGGGACCUGCAGAUCCCAUUUUUCAGGUGCUAAUUUGGGUGAAAAUAUUAUAGUUUUCGCUGAGGUCCGACCCCUGUCGCCCUCGCUAAAAGGAUUUUCAGAUAUUUGGGGGGGUGGCCCAGGAUGGGCACGAAGUAACCCAUUGUGGAACCCCUUUCUAAGGAAUGGAUUAUAUAUCUGCCUUGUGUCUUCCACACCUGAGUAGUCUAAGGUUGUGUGAAUUUUAAAGCAGCGAAGAACUUUUGAAGAAAAUUAAUUUUAAGAAGGUUUAUUUUUAAAAAUAAAAAAUAAAAAAAAUAAAGAGACUGAGAGAAGAAGCCAUUUCAAAGAUUUUUUUGAAUUUAUUGUUGGCUGAGACGAGAGAAACAGUGAGUGACCAUGGCGCUUCUGAAGGUGAAAUUUGACUUGAAGAAGCGUGUGAAGUUAGCCCAGGGGCUAUGGCUGAUGUACUGGUUUGCCGUGAUGGCUGGGGUGCUGGUUUUCAGCAUGGGACUCUUCUUCAAGAUUGAGCUUCGCAAGCGGAGUGAGAUUAUGGACAAUAACGAGAGCCAUUUUGUCCCAAACCUGCUAAUUGCGAUGGGGCUGCUGGCCUGUGGGCUCAAUAUCUUUGGUGGAAAGAUCUGCUAUGACUCCCUGGAUCCCACUAAGUUUGCCAAGUGGAAAUCAGUUGUGAAACCCUUCCUGAUAACCUGCUUCAUCUUCAAUGUGCUCCUCUUCAUCACGGCACUGCUCUGCUUCUCCCUUCGCCUGGCCCUCCAGUUCACUCUGGCUGAGGGGCUGAAGAACAGCAUGAAGUUCUACAAGGACACGGACACACCUGGCCGCUGCUUCAUGAAGAAGACCUUGGACAUGAUGCAAAUGGAGUUUCGUUGCUGUGGGAAUAACAACUACAGGGACUGGUUUGAGAUCCAGUGGGUCAGCAACCGGUACUUGGACUUCAGUGCCAAGCAGGUCAAAGACCGUAUACAUAGCAAUGUGGAUGGACAGUACCUGAUGGAUGGGGUUCCCUUUAGCUGCUGCAAUCCCAGCUCUCCAAGACCCUGCAUCCAGUACCAGAUGACCAACAACUCCGCCCACUACAGCUACGACCACUAUACAGAAGAACUCAACAUCUGGAAACGGGGUUGCCGAGAUGCCCUGGUCUCCUACUAUGGGGGCUUGAUGAACACCAUUGGAGCACUGGUGCUGCUUGUCACUGUGCUGGAGGUGGGAGUUAUGGUGGGGCUGCAGUAUGUGAACACCUCACUGGCAACCCUGGUGAACCCCGAGGACCCAGAAAGUGAAAGUGAGGGCUGGCUUCUAGAGAAGAGUGUGAAGGAGACAUUCACGACUAUCAUGGGGAAAAUGAAGGCGAUGGGUAAGAGCAAUCAAAUAGAGGAGGGCGGAGCGGAGCAGCCUGCUGCCACGGCAAGCUGAGCGGGGCCACACCCACAAGAACUGAGACCACUCCCUCCUGUGGGGGAGAGAGAGAGAUGGGCAAAGAAGGAGUGAAAAUAAGUAUCCUCACAAAAAACACAGACACCCACCCACAUACAUACACACACACAUACCACUCCAGUCACCAGAAAGAAAACAAACUAUUAUUCAUAUAUGUAUGUCUUUGUUACAAAAAUAUUUUGUCAGUUAAGAAUUAAUAAGGAUUUUUGUGAAUUAAGUUAUGUCUUUGGCCACAAGUUAAAUUCUGUAUAAAAUUAUUUGUAAAAUGUAUCAAUCUCCUCCCUACACACAUACACUCACCUGCUUCUCCUUGACAUUGACUUCCAAUACGAUGCACACAUCAUUUGUAAUACAAGCCAAAUCAAUGUUGUAUUACGUUUUGUGAAAACCAUUCACUUUUCAACCCUCUUUCAACCCUCUAAAUUAUUUUACCCACACUGCUUCUUUUUUCUCUCUCAUUGAAUUAGGAGUCCAUCUCUGGGCGGAUAUUUAACCCAAUGGCUACACAAUGGUUGGGUGGGGAGGGAGUAGUUACAUCGAAAUCUGAAAUUGUGGUAAACAUUGGCCAAUAUUCUGACACGACAGGAAUGAUUCACCUCUCCAGCUGAGGUAUGAUCCCACCUGAUAAAAUCCCCAAAAAUCUCCAAAUCUUCUACUGUAUUUCUAUGACGAAGGGCAGCCAUUUCUAUUGGCAGCUUUUACGCUAUAUGAUAUAUUUUAUAUAUGUUAGGCAACUGUCGGAUCCAUGUCUCAGCUCUCUGUCCCAGCCUUUCAAGGUCUGUUCUGUCACAUGUACAAACAGAACACACUCUUCAAACAAUCCCUGACAUCUACUCAUGUACACAGACGCAUGCAACACAUGUUCUUAUAUGCUAUCUUUUAAUUAACAUACUCGACACUAUUCAGUGCUGGUAUGCAAACACACCCACUUCAGUGCAACCACCGGGUUAAAUAUCUCCAGGGUUUAACAAAAGCUAAAACAUGACUUGUGCAAGUGGCAGGGUUAGAUGUCAGGUUGCUGCUGUCCUAUGUCUCUGGAAGGUUUGAAGUUCUACAGAAGGGCUGAUAGAACACUGUUGUGACAUCUUAAAGAUUUAACUUGUAAUUCUGUCUUGUUUUGUUUGUUCAGUUUGGGUCUUUGUAACAUUGGCAGGUGAAUUCUGUACACGGAAUUUAAAAAACAAUUUUUUUUUUUUUUUCCAUUGAGUCAGCAUUGAGUCAGCAUGAUCAAUCACAUUGUCAUGGUCUGGGGGGUUGGAGUCGGACAGUAGAUCUAGCCCCACAAGGCAAAGGUGCGCACAGGUUCGCUAAGUCCCUCUGGCCUUCCAGAUCGAGAAGCGCUUACUGUCGGAGUCUGCAGCUUCUGCACUAACUCUGAGUGUGAAAUCCUCUGAAACAGGGCUGUGGCAUUCAGGCACAGAGGAUGACAGGAUGACAGGUCAAAGUGUGAGAUGAUGUACAGUGGCCCCUCAACCCCCAACCCCAGGCACCCUCCUCUCCCAGCCCUUCAGAACACCUAAUGACCAAAACUCCCACAACCCCAUACUUAGCAUGAAUGUUCAUACAUGGUUAAAGAAGGGCCCACAGAACCUGGGGCACAGUGACGUCUCAGGGCCAAGGAGAACACUGCGAUUGGCAGUUAAAAUUAUUCUUCCUCUCCCUCACCUCUUCACUCUGCCCCUCUGAACCAGAGCAGAGUAACCUUGGGGGAGGAGGGGGGUCACCAAGGGGGCAAGAGGUGGGGCCACUAGGUUGAAGGUUCAAAGGCUCUGGAGUCACCUGCAUAGCACAUCUAAACCAGUACAGGUGGUGCUCCAGAAGCCAAGAUCUGAGGUUAUACUGGAAUUGUACUAAUCAAAAAAAUGUAAAUUUAUGUAUUUACAAUCAUUUCAUUUCUUUGUAAAUAGUUUAGUACUUACAUAAAUAUAUAUUAUAUCAUAUUUUUUCUAAAUGUCAUUGUUAAUCUUAAAAAUGUAAAGAAUUGUUAUAAUCCAAAGAACAACUCUCUUUUUUGUGCCUAGCAUAGAUGUGUGUGCAGAGUUAAAUAAAGCUUUAGUUUGGAUUUUCAACCUAG